ACGCCACAGAAGAAACGUCACAAUAUUUACCCGGAAGUAGGAGCACGGAUACAUAUCUGUCUUUUAAACAUUCUCUGAUCGUUUCCAGUGAGCAAGAUGAAACAUUUCCGAUAAAUCUGAUUAGAAGUGAUAAAUCGGAAUGUACAGCGGACUCCUGCCGAAAGGUUUGACCGAGGAGGAGCUCAGUCCAGAGGACGAGCAGGACGACACGGAGGAUGGUGUUGACGGAGAGAAGGAGAGCCCUGCUGAGAAGUCGACUCACACAGCCUGUGACCCAGACAGUCAUUCAACAACAUGCACAAUGCCUGGCGUGUCCCAGGACAUGUGGCAAAAAUUUCAGGAUCUAAAGAAGAAGAAUGAAGAAAUGAAGAUAAUGAAAUUCACCAGGAGACGAAGAAGAAGGCGACCCAAGAGAGCAGGAGCAAAACAUGAAGAACCUACAGAGACAAGCAGAAAGCUCCAGGAGGAGCAGGAGAAGCCCUGGGAUGAGCUUCAGCAGUAUUUCGGUGUAAAUGAUCGAUUUUAUCCACCCGCAUGUUCCAAACCCCCUCCGAAGUCCGGCCUAGAAAAGAGCACAGAGAGGGCCAUAGCUGAAGGGGACAUUGCAAAGGCGGAGGAGAUGAGCGACAGACUCGCCACUCGAGAGCUCGCUGUGAAGAUCGCUCAAGCAGCUGAUUGCCGAGACUUCGUGCAACGCAAACAAGAAGAGGAGGCUUUGAGAGCAGCGCAGAAAAGGAAGAAGGAUAUACCCUGGGGGUUUGAGGCGAAGAAACGUUGGGAAACCAAAAGUAACAUGGGCUUCAUGUGAAUGAGCGUGAAAAGGACAGACUGUGUGUGUGUGUGUGUGUGUGUGUGUGUGUGUGUGUGUGUGUGUGUGUGUGUGUGUGUGUGUGUGUGUGUGUGUGUGUGUGUGUGUGUGUGUGUGUGUGUGUGUGUGUGUGUAUGUGUGUGUGUGUUUCGCUGAAAGCAGUGUAUUUUUUUUGUGACACUGAUCCUGUUUCUUUUUAUUCUCUUUGUAUAUUUUUAAAGACUUCAUAAGAGUAAAGUGUGGGGGUGAAAAAGUCACUCAGUUGGCUGUGGAGAAAUCAAUCCAGAGGGUUCAGAGAGAAAGAAGAAAAAAUUACAGUUCAUUCAAAUUAAUUCCUAAGGCGUCUUCCAUUGGUGUCUGCAUUGUGUAACUUUCAUUACAUUUCAGCAUUCUGGCCUUUUUUCCCCAUCAAAUUAAAUCUGGUGUACAUUACUUGAUGAUUAGUUUAUUUAUCGCUGUAAAGUGGGUUAAUCGGGAGUCCUUCUUUCUUCUUCCAAGGAAGUGAAAGGGAAGAUUAGGGUCCUAAUGCAAUGUACAGGAUAAUGUGGGAUAGGAUUUAGAAGUAUAAAAUGAAAUCUGGCUGCUGUAAACAGCUGUGAGCAGUUGUAGACUGGAAGUUGAUUGAAUGUUGUUGGGGGUGGGGAUGAAACAGAGGCUUUGCUGUUGGCCCUCACCCAUAGUGUGAGAGAUCCUAUUGUAUCGCAGCCUGAACAAGAGGCAUGCGCUGUUUCUCCAGGCCUACAAUCGCUGCUCUUUGUGAGAUGAGCUCUCUUUAGUAUCCGUAAACUCGUCUUAAACUGUCGAUUCCUCUCACUUUGAUCUGUUUUGAUCUGCAGCACAUGCUUCAGCAGCUUCUCAACACUCUCAAACGCUCACCGGUAAAAGUUUUAAUUGCAAACAGCGCUCAACAAAAAAGCAGGAGACCGAUAAUGGCUUUUAUUCGUUAUUCUUGCUUAUACGUUGUUAUCAGCCGUACAAAAUGAUUGCUUUGCUUCAAGGUAAUGAAAAUUAAAAUUAAUCCAUCUGAGUUGUUUGCAUUGCACAUAUCAGGGUGCUUUUUCUUUGAUGAGGAGCAGGAUUCAUGUAGCUGUGCUGUGUAGGCUGAAUCUGUAUGAAGCAGAAAGGACUGAAUGAUAGAAAGAAAUGUUUGGAGGCAGUUAUGAUAAUAAAAAAAACACCUGAGCUGAAGAUGUCGAUAUGACACGAGUAUGAAAACGAAUACAUUCAGAAUGAAAGUGCAGCUUUUUAAUCAUUGAACAUCCAAUGAACAUGUGACGGAGUCUGGAUGCUGUCAGUAGCUGAGAAUUGGCACUAAUUAAAAUAUUAAUUCACUCUGUAAUGAGACACAAGUUGAAAAUGUGUUAAGAACAUCAAAGUCCAACACAGGAAUUCUUCACUUUGAUGACGGCUUUGAAAAAGAUCUAUUUUGUCUGAGGAGUGAGGAAGCGUCAGAGAUGAUAUUAACCGGACUGGAAUGACAGAUUUCAGCUCUCUCCAAAGACCUCUUGAGAAAUAUUUCAACAGUCAGUUCAUUCACAGACUAAUGCUGGGUGCAUUUAGAUCAUUCACAAAUAAUGCAGGAAUUCUUAAAAUAAGAUAUUGGAAUAAAGUCCUGUUAGUCUAAACAGAAGGAGAACUGUGAGGUCUUUAAAACAAAAGGCACAAAAGGUGUUCUCCAUUAUUAAACGCCAUAUAACCAUUUUGAACAUGACCAGCGAUGAUCCGAGCGCGGCGCUGCGUGGUAUCGAUGCCAUCUCACUUUAUUAAUCUCAUGGAACACAGGAUAAUGCCUUGAGCAGAGAAGAUUCUGCUUUUAAGCUGGAAAAUCCACUUUCCUCUUUUCAACAGUCUGUUCCUGGAGGCCAAACUUAGCCCCCGACCUGGGCUGAUUUGUUGUGAAACGUGCAGACAAUUCCUUGGGCACAUGUCAAACCACUUCUAGGAAGAGUGUUUGUUGUGUGGAGUAGGGGUAAAGAAAAAACAACAACAAUCUCAUUAACUGGUUCCAAAGCUGCUGUUGUGUGAAAGGAAACAUAUGUUGCUGCUAACAAGGCGUCAGUGCUAUCACUUGCUGCUAUCUCCAGAAGAAGAGGAUUAACUCUCUGAGUUAAGAUCUCUGAGAUGCUGCUGAUAAAGACGAGCAACAUUCACAACACCUUACAACUCACAGUGAGUGUAGAUCAGACAUGGUGGUGUUGCUGUGUUUGUGUUUCAGCUUUAUUAUAAAAUGUUCCUACGUCUAA